CAGAUCGGUUCGCGCGCGCCGCUAUCCAAGCUCGCCAUGCGCGAGGCGAGCCUUCGGGCUUGAGCUACCCCCCCGGGGCGCGUCGUCGGCACCGCGAGCAUGCGCUCGGUCGCGCCGCCGCUGCUGGUGGUGGCGGUUUCGCUGGCCUGGUCUUCGGUCUGCCUGGCCGGCGCGCAGAAGCAUCGCGAGCAGUUCGAGCGGGAGCUCGCGGACAACGUGACCGCGCCGAGCGUGGCGUGCCGCCGGGAGCGGCCGCGCGCCUCCGAGGCCGUCUGCGUGCUCUCCAGGUUCGGCCGGUCGUGCAGCACCAGCCUGCGCGCGGACGGCGGCAGCGUGGGCCGCGUCUCGCGGGCAGUGCCGUACGGCAGCGACCGGGCGAUCGUGAUCUGGUCGCAGAGCGGCGCGGACGGCGGGCGCGCGGUCGGGCUGCGCGUGGUCGCGCUCGCCACGUGCGCGGCGACGUGCGAGGCGAGGCUCGCGACGAUCGGCAACGACGAUUCCUACGUGGCGUGGGGCGUCAGCGUCGCCACCUACGACGCCUCGUUCGACGUGUUCUACGUCGAGGAGGCCAGCCGCAGGUACUGCAAGCGCUCGUUCGACGCCGCCAGCGGCGAGGCCCUCGGCCGGCCGGUCUGCCUCGUCCACGACCCGUCGCCGCCCUUCUACACCGCCUACUACCCCAUCGAGCCCUACGGCUCCCGGCCCAAGGGCUACGUGCUGCUGCUGCCGAGCCUCGAGCGCAGCAUCGACGCCUGGUUCGUCGGCGCCGACGACGAGCUCGUGCGCUUCGCCAGCUACUCGCGGCGGCUGCCCGCGCGGCGCUUCGCCGUGUCCACCACUCACGACACCAUCACCAUCUGCCACCAGCAGAGGCUCGACGCCGGCACGACCCUCGCCAACUGCACGCGGUUCAGCAUGCUGUCCGGCCGCAAGAUGCAGGAGACCCGGCUGCGGCUCGUUGACGGGGCGCGGAUCAGCGACGCGUUCAACCUCUCCGACGGCGGCUACCUGCUCGCUCUGUCCAAGCGCUCGGCGGCGGAGUGCGAGCGUCGCGGCAACGCCCAGCGCCUGAUGAAGAUCUCCGUGGACAACGCGGUCUUCUUCGCGAUCGAUCGCUCGCCCGCCAACUGCGACUGCGCGCCGGCUCACCUGAGGACCAGCAUGUUCGAGAACGAGCACAGGGAGUACUGCCUGACCGACGUUUGCAGCCGGGUCUUCGGCUCGCAGCAGUCGAACCGCAGCGUUGUCACGCAGUGCUUUUCCGAUCGCGAGUUGGCCGUCAAGACUUUCACCGUCUAGAUCGUGGCAAUUUUUCAAUCGAGCCUCCAAAUAUUCCGGCGUCUCCAAGUCCGCGUGGCUCAUACAUAAAUAGAAAUUUGGGCGGCGCGAAAGUCGCCAGUCUCUCUUUGUCC